AUGACUUCGAGUCGUACGUGCUUGUCAUUGAGAGCCGCACGGCUUUUGAAACAAUUAUCCUGGUGGCGCGCGUCGAAGAUCCCAAAGCAAUUAACAUGGCUUUCUGGUAAUAUCGGGCCCAUAGGCUUGAAGUUACACGAGAGGUAUGGCGACGUAGUACGUAUUGCGCCCAACGAGCUUUCGUACAUCCGAGCACCGGCCUGGCGUGAUAUCUUUGGCCGCCCAGUCAAGAGCGAGAUGCCCAAGGUUGCAUCGUCUCUUGGUGAACAAGAGGAUGGCGUCUACAACCUCGCGACAGCCCCUACUGAGGACCAUACGCGCAUGCGCAGAAUUUUCACCCACUCCUUCAGCAAUACAGCCCUGGCCGCACAAGAGCCACUGCUUGUCCAGUAUGCAGACAAGAUGAUCGCAAAGAUGGGCGAGACGAAUAGACAAGAAGGCCAAGUCGACGUUGUCGACUUUUUCAACUUUACUACAUUUGAUAUUAUGGCUGAACUUGCUUUUGGAGAGUCACUGGGCAUGUUGGAGCGGACGGACUAUGUGCCCUGGGUUCGCAUUAUCCUCGCCGGCCUGAAAUAUGCUGUGUUUUACGCUGCGAUACUCGAGGUCCCUCUCUUACGGUUGCCACUCCAGUGGCUCACCGCCUCAACGCUGAAAGCCAAAGCUAAGCAGCACGCUGAAUUUGCAGCCAGCCUCGUAAACAAACGCUUGGAGGACUCAUCGCACAAUAAGCCAGAUCUAUGGAGCUUCGUGCUCAAACAUAACGAAGCUGGUCGAGGACUUACGUUAAAGGAGAUGCACGCCAAUGCAUCCAUGUUCAUGGUGGCUGGCUCCGAAACCACCGCGACAACCCUGUCUGGCGUCAUAUACUAUGUUUGUAAGAAUCCCCAUGUUUACAACGUUCUUGUAAACGAAAUUCGCACAACCUUUGCAACGAGUGAAGCAAUUACCCCCGAACCUUUGGCUGGAAUGCAGUACUUGAACGCCGUCCUGAAAGAGACACUACGUCUAUAUUUCCCGGGAGGCGGUGGUAUGUCUCGUGUGGUUCCGGCUGGAGGUGCUGUCAUCUGUGGCGAUUUCGUGCCUGCUGGUACGACAGCUACGAUGAAUCACUACAUUGCGUACCUCAAUUCGACCAACUUUUCGAGCCCAAAGACCUUUAUUCCCGAACGGUGGACAGAGUCCGAUGACCCUAGAUUCGCCUUUGACCAACGGGACGUUCAUCAGCCGUUCUCCUACGGGGCGAGAAAUUGUAUUGGCAAAAAUCUUGCGUGGCUUGAGUUGCGCCUUAUCCUUGCUAAGACACUUUGGCAUUACGAUGCUGAGCUGCUGCCUGAGAAGAAGCCUUGGAUAGACCAAAGAAGCUUCUUGGUGUGGGAAAAGGGACCCUUGAUGGUUCGGCUACAUCCAGUUAAGCGAGCAGAGCAGUCUGCUUAA